AGAAUUCAAUAUGGCGAGUGUUGAGCGAAGUUGGUGUCGAGGUUUGGAGAAAAAUGUUUUAAGUUUUCGGUGGAAAAGAUUAUUUAGUAUGCUUCAAAGAGUUGGUGGACAUUUGACAGUGGCAGAAGUCAAACUCCUUGUAUUUCUUACCGGAAGCGCCAUUGAUGAGACAACAAAGUCAAGAAUUCGAAAUGGAAGAGACUUGAUCUUGGCACUGAUCAAAUGUGGGGCUUGUGACGAAAGUAACUUACGGAGUAUCACACACUUGUUAAAAUGUAUCAAACGCUAUGAUCUAUUACAUUUAAUCAAUGUUAAAAGCAAACGAAAAGUUUCAUUAGAUCCUGUAGAACACUAUCUACUUCAGUCCAACCAGUUGUCUGAAAUAAGUGGUCAAACUCCAAGCAGUACUUGUGUAAGUCCAGGUUCCAUAUCAGGUGAACCAUCAACUUCAUUAGACACCAGAGUUGGAAGAAACCAAAACACUGAUGAUAUAGAUCCACCCGUGAAGAAGCUCCGACGAAGCCCUAGACAUCAGAAACCCACUGGCUCCCAGAGACCUGAGUACAGUGAUCUGACUGACUUUCCUUCAGGAGCCAAAAUAAAGUACACAAGUGAUGUUCGUCUCAGGGUUCGAGCUGAAUAUUGCAAUUAUGAAAAUGCUCUUCGUGGGGCAGUAUCAUCAAAUAAAGCAGAUCCAAUUGAACGUCAGCUGGAGUGUUUUAGCCAAGCUAAUACUAUCUUGCGCUCUCGAGAUCUUGGAGACAUUGUCUGUAACAUAAGAUUCUCUGAGAUUACUUAUCUGGAUGCAUUUUGGAGAGAUUACUUGAAUGGAGCAUUAUUGGAUGCAUUGAAAGGUGUUUUCAUCACAGACUCCCUUAAACAGGCUGUUGGCAACGAAGCCAUAAAACUUCUAGUAAAUGUAGAUGAAGAUGACUAUGAAAGAGGAAGACAUAUACUACUUCAAAAUCUGCAACAAGUACAGUGAUAAGUAGAAAUUUAUUUUUGUUGUUUUUUAAUACAAAAAAAAUGUUUUGUUACCACUUGAAACUAUAAUGUCGCUUUGUGUUUCUUGUAUAUUAAAGUUCAUUGUUCUUUUUCAUUCAUUGAAUCACCAGUUAUGAGGAAGAUAAACCACCAUGUCAAGUGUUAUAUACGUUUAUAGAUACAGAUAGAUAGAUAGAUAUAUUGUUUAAAUAUAAGUGUAAAAAAAGUAUUGACCUCUAGAUUUUGCUUGGAUAUUUGGAAUGAAAUAUUAAUGUAAAGCUGGACUAAGUACAAGUUAUUUUACAGUUUCAUUAUAGUUAGGGGUGUUUCUUUUUUUAGCUUUGAGAUCAAGUGUGUUGUUAAUGUUAAAGUAGAUUUGAGUUAGUUCUUUUUAAUUCUCAAUUUAUUCCACUGAUGUUAUUAGUGUAUGUGUUUCUAUCUAAGCCUAAAAAAAUUUACAAAUAUUCACCUUGGGGAAAAUACUUUUUUUCAUCUUAAUUGAUUAUGGGAGUUGAUACACACAUUCAUUAUUUUUAUUUUACUUUUUCAAUAGGGAUUGGGUAAAAAUAAAAAUGUGCCUCUUAUGCCUUACAUGAACUUUUGUUCCUAUAGGCAAAUACAUACCAUCAGCUCAUACAGGUUCCUAUCAGCUUAAUACCUCUGAAACAGUGAGACCCAUUUUCUGAAUUUUUUGACAUUUUGAAUAAUCAAGUUAAUUUUAAUUAAACAAACGGUGUACCCCUGUAUUUUGAUAGUACUUAAAAACACGAAGAAGCCCUGUUUUCUGUGUAUUGCAAAGGUAAUAAAAAAUUUUUGAUUCAAAGAUAAAAGUUAUUAAUAUUAUAAAGUUACAUGUAAGCAUUUUCUCUUUUCUACAUCUUUAUUUACUUUCAAAAAUUUACUCUCAUUUGCUUUAAUCUGUUUGUGUUUUUAAAUCUUUGUUUCAUCAUCAAUCAUUAAUGCCUUUGAGGUAAAUCUGGUGAGUAAGGGGGGGUAAUUGAGUAAUUUAAAGCCAGCAUCAUGAAUAGCAUUCAUAACAACAUGUGGUUUGUAAGCUGGGACAUUGUCUGAUGGAAGAGCACACCUUUUUGUGAGCAAGCUUUUCUCUUUUCUUUGAUUUCUUGAUGCACAUAAUUAAUUAAGGAUGUAUAGUAAUCUUCUGUAAUGGUUUGACCCUUUUUCAAAUAAUCAACUAGUAAAAUGCCCUUGGCUUCCUUAAAAAUUGAUGCCAUGACCUUCUCAGCAGAAGAUUGUGACUUGAACUUCUUUGAUGGGUGAACUUGGGUGUUUCCGCUGCAAGUUUAGCAUUUUUGUUUCUGGGUCGAAAUGGUGAACCCACAGUUCAACCACAUUUACAGAACCUUUGGAGUAGGAAUUGACUUUCAACAACUCGGAUCCCUUUCUGCUCAGGUGACAACAUUUUUGGAAUCUCUCUGGCACUAACCUUACUCAUACCCAAACCAAAUGUUUGCUACAGUACUUUUACUGUUUCCCAUUUCCUCUGCUAAUAUCCUAAUGGAAAUUAUUCUAUCAUGUAUAACCAAAUCAUGAACUUUAUCUACAACUUCUGUUGUGGUCAAUGCUGAGGACCAACCUGAUGUUGGAUCAUCUUCACGUGAUUGUCUACCAUGCUUAAACUCAGCACACCACCUUUCUCUGUUGAAUAUGCUAGAGCACCCUCUCCUAAUGUUGCUACUAAUGUCCUGGUGGAUUUCUUGCAGUGUCAUUUCUUUUUAACAAAAUAUAUUUUAUCAUGGCAUGAAAAACAAUCUUUUCCGAGAAGCUUAACACUGCUCACUUCUUUCCUUGAAAAAUCUGCAACACAAAAUAAGCUCAUUGAGUUAGAAGUUAUGUGUUGUUUACUUAUAUAAAAAAAAUAAUAAUAAUAAAGGUUCAAACUUAAUAUUUAUCAAAAAAUAUUGUACAUUCCAGUUUUUUUUAGGUAAAGCCAUGAACUUUUCUGACAACCCUUGUAUAUGUACUUAUGUUUUCAUACUGCUAAUGAUAAAUUCCGGUUCUUAGUCAACUUGUAUGUUUAAAUUAAGAGCUACAUGUUGAAUAACUGUUGGGUGCAGCAGAGAGAUAUCAUUAAUUUCUUACAAGCAUUUAUAACUAUUAAACUGGUUGCAAAAAAUCAUGUCAGCUUCAGAGCUAUUAGUAAUACAUGCUGGAAACAUCAAGAUUUCAUAUUAUAGUUUAUAAAUAUUAUGUUCGAUUAAAAGAAGAUAAUGAUUUAUUUGAAAAUUUUUAUCAACUUGUGUACUUAAGGGUCCUUGAGAUUGUCUUUGGUUCAUGAAGGAUCCAUUAAAUAAGAAAAAGGUUGAGAACCACAAUAUCAGGUCAUUUACAUAAGAAGGUACAUGUUAAUGUGUACAGGAAAAGAGGAGCUCUUGAAAAAAAGAAGUAAGCAUCAGAUUUUCUGCUAUGCUAUUUUGAGGUAAAAUCAUAUUUGUGGAGGACAUUAUGUUUGCAAUAUUAACAAGAGGAAAUCCUCAAUAGCCAUGGCACUUGAAACUUUUAGGUAGGAUUAGAGUAAAUUAAUCUAUGAGACCUUUUAUUCCUUUUUAUUAGCUAUACUUUUGUGUGUUGGCAAUACCGAGCAUAAGGUGCACAUAUACCCUGAUUAAAUUUUAUUACUCAUCAGGAUAUCUACCAGUCUAUCCUCAAAUUGAAAUUAUUUUAGGCAGGAUUAUAGUGAAUUAAUCUGUGAGACCUCGGGUGUGAUCAAAUACAUCACUCAAAAGGGUUUGACCUCCUGGGUCCUAAAUUGUAAUUAGAUCUCAAAUCGAUCAAGAGAGAUGGAGCUAUGAGUUAAAAGUUGGUACUUGGAGCCAUUCUAUGAGCCGUUAUACUGUGGCUAAAAAAUUAUGUCUGCAUCCCAAAAUAUUUCAUGUCCCUUUCAACUGACACAGUGGAUGAAACUGAUAGGAAUUUCAAAUAGACUAAUAUAAGAUCUAAAAUGUAGAACUUACUUAGAAGUCAAAUGUCAAGAAUUUUAGAACAUGGGUCUUGUUUUGAUGCAUUGGUUUCUGUAGUGCAGAACAAAAUUACUAACUGUUACAUCUUGCUUCAUGCAAGUUCCUAUUUUUUAGCUAGUUUGGACAUUUAAAAACCAUUAUAACUGUCAGCUGAUCAAAUUAUAUAAAUGCCUCAUUUUGAAGUCUGACAGUUUACCAUGUUAAGAGACUUCAUUUUUAUAACAAAACCAUUGUCGAAUUGUAUAUUAAAAUGCACUGAAAAAAGGGGUAAUUUUAUGAAACUCAUAUUUUACUGUGUUAUUCUUAGUGAAUCUUGUUGGUUGGUUUAAAAAUGAAAUUGUUCCUUAUUGCUCCAAAACCCUUAUAAUCUGCUGAACUGUAUUUGUACUCUUGUUAUGUAAACUCUACAGUAAAUAUCUAAUGUGUGUAACCUUGCCUUAUGUACUUUGCAAUACUGUACAGUCCGUGAAACAAAUUAAUCAGUAGUGUAGUAGUUGUUUCCAAAUUUUGUGAUGUGCUUGUAAGUAUUUUUAAUUUUGAAAAUAACACUAAAUUUAUUAUUAGAAAUUGAUGCAUUUAUGUAACUGUUAACUUGAAAUGUAUGUUUAUAUCAUUUUGGUUAACAUGUUUUUAAUCUGUAAUGAAACAAGUUUUAUGGAUAUUGUAAAUCUAAAGAAGAGGAGAUGAGAUUGUAUUUUAUAACAGUUGGGAUGAAAAUAAUGUCUUUAUAAAGGCUAGUAAACUUUCAAGUAGGGUAUUAACUCAGUUUAAAUAAAUGUUUUUAUACAAACUAGCUGAGAGUACAUGUUAAGGAAGCAAGAAUUGUAUAAAGGACAAUGUUAGAUAAUGUUCUUUUGUUAUUAAACCCCUAAUGACCACAUUAGAUUCUGAUUUCAAACUGUGCUUUAUGGAAAGUAACAGUUGACAUUAAUUACCUGUGUCUUAAGCUCAAAGGCAAAAAUCCAUGAUAAAAAGUGGAAAUGUUCCCUGUUUCAGGUGUGUUUUAUCCUCCCUUGGGCAAAAUUGCCUAUGUACACCAUUGGACAGUUUCCAAUUGCCAAACCAAAAAUUAUGGUAAUUAAGCCAACCAUCUCUGGGUGAUGGAUGCUAACACAGAUACAUAGUAAAGAUAUAAAAUCCAAGUAAAUUAAAAAUGAUGGAAAUGAAUAACUUUUAUUGCUCUCUUUUGUCAUUUACAGUAGUAUUCUUUAUUAUUUUCUGAAACUGGAUAGAACAUUGCCUUUUUUAUAUACACACUAUUUAAGAAAAGUAUGUUUAGAAGUAAAAGCAAGACUGAAAGUGUGGCCAGAUGUUACCUAUUGGACAGUGUAAAAUAAUCAUAGAGCAUAAAUAUCUCUGUUGGUUUUACAUUGUAAUAUUAUAUUUCCAGAUAAAAAUUUAUGAGUUUUAUUGUUAAUUUUGUAGUUGAUGAGAAACCCAAAUUUUCUGUUAAAUAAAAUUACCACAAUCAUGACAUACCGAACUCUGUGUUUGCUAGUCUCGGACACCAUUGUAUAUUUGUGCAUGUUCCAAAUUUUAAACUUUGCAAUUUGUUUUGUAGUGGAUACAAAGAAGUGUUUGAUACUCUCAGUUCAAUUGCCAAGUUAAAUAAAUAAUGUGCACAUAUGUGAGUGUUUAGUGUAAUAGCUACAAAAGUUCACAUUACAUUGGAUAAAUUUAUUUUGUAAAUACAUACUCUCAAGAGAUUGAAUGUACAAAACAUAUCUUCAUGUGAAUGACUUAUUCAUGAUCUGUUCUUUGAAAGCUAUGUCCAUGUAUAUUUUCUACUUAGACUUAGUUUAACGAAAACAGUAGUGUUGAAUAAAAGUCGGAGUAUGUGUUUGCUAUUGUAAAAAAAAAACAUUUAUUUAUCACUAUGUUUUCCUGCAUCAUCAUCAUCUAAAAUUUACCACUGAUGAUGAGUCUUGCAAAAAUCUGAACUGCUUUUGAACCUGUAAUUGCUCACAAACUGUAAAAUAGCUUAAAUGAUAAUUUUUUGUAAUAUUGGGAAGUGAGUUGUUUUUUUCUUCACAAAACAUCUUCAGCCACUACACUUAAAUGUCCUGCAAGAUCCUGUUCAUAAUUUUAAAAGUCUCUCUACAAAUGUUGUGUAGAAAGUAACUUAUAUUGUAAAAACAAAGAAUUUUUUAUUGGUAUUAAGUAGAAUCAGGUGACUUAUUUCUAAAGCAGAAACUAAUUUCAGAAGUUUCUGAUUAAGAAAAGAAAGCUUGAUGAAAUGUUAUAGCAGUUUGUUCAGUAUUCAUAUAUCAAGUGCAGUACUACACUUUUAACAGUUUGAAAUACUUACAAGUUUUGCUUAUAAAUUUUGUGUCUGUUUAUGACAAAUUUGAAAAAAAAAUAUUUGAUAGUCUUAAAACAAUUUACAAAGGUAAAACAUUUGCUUUCUUAUUUUCAGUUUAUUUAAAUAUAUCUUGUUAAUAUGUUUAGGAUUUAUUACAGGUUAUAAGAUUAUAAUAAUUUCCUGUACUAUUCUACAUGGGAAUAAAAAAUAGUUAAUGCUUUAGCUUCAGUCAUAGAUGCAGUUCAAGACCACUUUCUUCAAAUAAGAUAUGUUUUUCUUAAUUUGUUAAACAAGUAAUGUCUAUAGCAGUAAAUAAAAGUGUAACAUAUACUGUAAUCCAGCAGCUUCAGCAUUGGUUAUACACUUAGGUAUGUAAAGUAAUUAUUGGUAGCUUUUUCUUUAUCUGCACAGUAGAUAAGCUGUGAAAAAUAUUUAACAAGUAACAAAUUAACUUGCACCAUGCAAUAAAACCGAUAAUUAUAACCAACUCAAAUCUAGCUUUGAAUAUCAUUAGCUCUCAUCAUUUCAUUUAGAAGAAUAAAAUAAGAUUCUACUGAAAAAAAAAGAUAAGAAAAGGUGUAGUUUUAUUGACACCUAAGUCAACUUGUACACUUUGCUGUAGUUUCAUUCCUUACAGUGUUAUCUUGAAUCGUAGUAACAAUAAGAUGUCGUGUUUUAACAGUGUGCGUUAUUAUACACAUGUGUUAUAGGAACUCAUCAUAAUUGCAAUGUUUAUUCCACAUGUUAUAGAAACUAUAUAUGUCAUUAGCUAAUUCCAAAUAUUUUGCUUAGUUUUAUAACUGCUAUGGUAGCAUUUUUCUCUUGACAUGUACUUAAAAAUGAUUUUGGAUUAUGUAAAACAGUUUAGAAUUAACUCUAAUAGAUUUUAAGUACAUAAUUGCAGAAGUCGUGAAAAGUUUUUGAAUUUUGAUAGGAUUUCAGUGUUUUCAGAGUUCUUUUUCAAAGUAUAUUAUUAUCUUUCUCAGUUAAUAUAUAUAUAUAUAUAAUUAUCCUAUGUUCAAAGGCCAAACUAAGUUUGUAGUCACAACAAAAUUACACCAAUUUGGUCAUCUAUACAAAUAACUCGUAAAAGGAGGUAUUGACUUUUGGGAAAUGUAACACCUUAACCUACCUUUUUUGGAUAUAAUGAUGUAGAGGAGUUAGGCUUAAAUGGCUUUCAUACCAUAGCAUAAAGUACAAUCUUCAGUAGUAUAAUAUCAUAUGACAGGAACAUUGCAGCUGAUUUUUGACUGCUGUGUUUUUCAGUCUCUGUAGUGAAUAAUUUCAUAAAUUAUUAGUUAUCCAAUUGAUUUGUACAAAUAAUUAGUUAUUUAAAUAUAUGUAAUAUUCAACUUUUACUAAACCCUGUGGGCAUUUGAACAUAUGUUCCUAAUUUAUCCACAACAUGCUGUAAACCAUCACAUUAGCUCUGGAUUUAAUUUUAUUUUAGCAUAUUUUUUCUUUGUAACCUGUCUUUCCAUUGUAUUUAUUUACACGAUUAUGAACCUUAUGAAAAUGAAAUUAACAUGUUGUAGAUUUUCUCAGUAUAUUAUUAUUAUUGAUAUUUUCACACUAUAUUCAAUUUGUAUAUGAAAGGUAUACUUUUUAUGAUACAUGACCCAUUUUUGUCUAGUGCAGUGCCAUACAGAGUAACUACUGUAAAAAUGAAUAGUUAGUCUUGAAUAAUGCAUAGAUACAGUCAAACACUACAAAAUAAUGGAGGUAAAUAAAUCAGGGUUUAAUUUCUUGUAGGAUUCAUUAUCCACAUCAUUUAUAUUCAGCAUAAUAAUAAGCUUUUUUAAUAAUAUUUGAGCUUGAAUGUGUAAACAGAUUUUUUGGUAUGAAAAUACACGUAUAUGUGUCGUUUUUUUAUGUGUUUCCUGUUUGAGGCUAAUUUGUUAAUGAAGUAACAGUAGCCAGAACCACUGAAAUCAGUAGUACAGUGUAAAGAAAGGACUUCAGUUGUUUAAAGGUCCAUCUUGUACUGACAUCAGAAAAGUUGUGCUUAUAGUUUACUCCACCAUUAUGGACAUUGAAUACUUGAGUUCAUCUUGGGUGAAAAUGUACAAGUUUGUCUUCUAAAAUUAUGUUAUCUGAUACUUUAAGUAAGUUCAUUGGUGUAUAUAAAGAAACUGAAUAGUCAUAUUGUUUGGGAUCUGUAUCUUUUGCCAUGGACAGCAUGUAAGAUUUACCAAAUCUUGUAUUCCCUUUGAUUGCUAGUAGGGAAUGUCUUAGAAUCCAACAUGGCAGCAUUUAAUGAAACUGGAUGUUUUGCCAUGGACAGCAUGUAAGAUUUCCCAAAUCUUGUAUUCCUGUUGAUUGCUAGUAGGAAAUGUUUCACAUCCAACAUGGCAGCAUUUAAUGAAACUGGAUGUUUUGCCACGGACAGCAUGUAAGAUUUCCCAAAUCUUGUAUUCCUGUUGAUUGCUAGUAGGAAAUGUUUCCCAUCCAACAUGGCAG